CGGGGCCCGAGCACAACGGCGCGGGGCUGCGGGGCUGCGAGCCGGCCGCCGCCAGGGUGGGGGCGGCCGGGGCCAUCGCCGCCAUCAACAUCAGCGCCUCGACCUCCAAGUUCCUAAUGAAUGUUAUAACAAUUGAAGACUAUAAGAGCACAUAUUGGCCAAAGUUGGACAGUGCCAUAGAUCAGCUUUUAACUCAGAGUCCUGGUGACUACAUCCCUAUCUCCUAUGAACAAAUAUACAGUUGUGUGUAUAAGUGUGUAUGCCAGCAGCAUUCGGAACAGAUGUAUAGUGACCUAAUAAAAAAGAUAACUAACCACUUAGAGAGAGUCUCAAAGGAGCUGCAGGCCAGCCCUCCAGAUCUCUAUAUUGAAAGAUUUAACGUAGCUCUUGGACAGUAUAUGGGAGCAUUGCAGAGCAUUGUGCCUCUUUUCAUAUAUAUGAAUAAAUUUUACAUAGAAACCAAGUUAAACAGAGACUUAAAAGAUGACCUUAUAAAGCUGUUUACGGAACAUGUUGCAGAAAAGCACAUUUACAACCUAAUGCCUUUACUUUUGGAAGCUCAGUCAACACCGUUUCAAAUAACUCCUUCAACCAUGGCAAAUAUUGUGAAAGGCCUGUAUACACUACGACCAGAAUGGGUACAGAUGGCACCAGCUUUAUUUUCUAAAUUCAUCCCAAAUAUUCUACCCCCUGCUGUGGAAUCUGAGCUUCAGGAAUAUGCUGCUCAAGACCAGAAACUUCAAAGAGAGCUUAUUCAGAAUGGAUUUGCUAGAGGUGACCAGUCACGCAAGAGAGCUGGAGAAGAGUUAACUUACAAUGGCUCAUCAGCUUGUGCAAGCUCCAGGGGAUACAGAUAGUGAAUAUACUGGAUCAGCUUCUAUUCCUAGCCAGAACAGACACUGGAGGAGCACAGGUGGUAUCUGGAGCCUCCUUUGGCAACUGCUGAUGCUCAAGCUCUGACACAAAGUAUGCCUCAAAGAAGAAUUUUGGACUUUCUUCUUUAUGUAUUGAAAUGUCAGUUGCUGCUACAGUUGGAAAGACUUUGAAAGACAAAUUCCUUGGUCUGGUCUAUCAGCAAACUCUUCUUCUGUGACCUUUGUGAGGAAUGCACCUUGAAAAACAAUCCUUUCAAAGUGGGAAUGGGCAGCCAAAAUCAGCAGCUUCCAAAAGCAUUAGAAUGGAAGAAUCCUUUUUGCACUCUUUUCUUAAUAUUAAGGACAUUCUUAAAACUAGUUAACAUGUCAAUGUAUUAGAUUUUAAACUUCAAGUUAUUUUCUGGAGCUUCUACUUAAAUGAUAAGAAUAAAGUUUCAUUAUUUUGCAGUAUUUGUUUGUUAGUUGAAAACCUGUCACCUUUCAAGAGUUGGUCCCAUAUAAAUGUAUCUUCUGUCAGGGAGUUUUGAAUUUCAGAAUUUUCUUUUAUCUCUUAUUUUGUUACUUGGUAUUUUGAAAUCUGUUUUCCUAUGUGUUUGUACUCUGUGCCUUCAGCUUGUGCACUUUGCGACUUUAUAGACCAUAUUUUGUUACUGCAAAAUGUGUUCUUGAGGAAAAACUUGAUGUGAACAAACAUGCUGCAAAGUUGCACUUUUCUCUUGCAUUAAUAGGAAGUGAAAAUAAGGAGGGAGAAAGGAAAGUUGAACCUAUCACCAUCACUAAUAGUGACUUGGAAGAUUGUCCCCAGUUAUUUUUCACGUGUAUUAAGUGUUUAAUGCAGGGACCAACUCUUGUAGAAUCCCCCUCACUGAUAUUUCAUUGGCCUCAAGAGUUGGACUGGGUGAUCCUUGUCCCUUCCAGCUCAGACUAUUCUGUGAGUCUAUGAUUCCAUAAUUGCAAUAGAUGAAGAUGAGAAUUCCAGACUGAACAGAAUAUCAGGAUCUGGUUUAUAUUGUGCUCUGUAAAAACAUUGUGGGCAAAACUCUCCAGUCUGGUAACUCUGCAGAGUGCAUCUCCAUCAGCACAAGAUUUGCUCUGGCCUGAGCGACGGUACCUGUCCAGCAUCACUGUGGCUCCUGUGCCAUUUCUCCUGCUGGGGGAUGUGAUGGAGCUGUGGCAGUGGGUGUAGUCAGAAUCAGGGAUUUCAGGAGUGAUAUCAGUUGUGCUUGUGCCCAUCUGCCUCCUGCCUCCAGUUUUGUGUCCUGCAGAUCCAGCUGAGCCCAGCUCCAGGGAAUCUGAGCCUAGGGGCUAAGUCUGCUCUUGUGAUGUGGGUUUUAAUCAGCAGUAUGGCUAAUGCAGCUCUUUCAUGAGGGGAGAAACAUACUUGAAAAAGCAGUUUUAUUACAGGGUUUGGGGUUUUUUCAUUACUAUGGAUUUAUUUUUUAUCACCUUUAGUUAUGAAGAGAAAUAGGUUGGUAAUAUAAAAGAAAUCUUUCUGAAAUGAAAUAAAAGUUUGUUCAGUUUUGUCUGGGAAAACUCUUAUGCCUGUUUUAAAAAACAAGACAAAAUACCAACACAACUCCUUUCAUGCUUGUAUGGGUUCAUUACAAAAUGCAAGAAAAAAAAGAAAAAAUAGAUGCGGCAGGGACAAAGUUUGUUUUUGUUUUGUAUCCAGGCUUUAUGUCAGAGGAUUUAAUUCCAUCAGUGUCUCACCAGCCACUUUGGCAAUGUGAUUUGGUUGGAGGGUGGGGAGGAAGAAUGAGUUUGACACUGCUGGGAUUGAGAGAUUCAAAUAUGAUUUUCCUGUCUCUUUCUUUGCAUAUUUGCAAAGCCUGUUUAAUUUUGAGGAAGUGUUUCUAUUCCAAGUAAGACCUAAUGCUUCAGUGUUUUGUGUUCAGCGUAGAAUAAUGCCAGCAAUCUGAACUCAUCCCCAGUGGUGUAAACCAAGCCUCUCUUAAAGGGAUUUCCAGGUGUUGGUAGUGUCUGCUUCAACUUUGCUACCAGCUAAUUACGUUGGAGCAGAAUUAGAUUAAAAUCAGGGGGUUUGAAAAUUUUGUUGAAGUGUGCUGUGGAGAAGUUAAUGAAGGCUAAUAAGGAACAAAAAAUUUCGCCAUCUUCCAGGUUUUUAAAGUUUUGGCUUUAAACAAAAAUAAAACCUCUGAGAGUGUCUUUAGCUUUAAAAAUCACUGUCUGCUGAAAUGGCAAUAUUCUUAAGAAUAGAUGCAUUAACCUAAUUUGGUUAAAUUUGUUUACAACUUCAUUACCAUCCUGAUUCACACAGUACAGUAACCAAGCUCUGCCAUCUCUGUCAAGUGGUCACAGUUUUUCUCUGGUCUUAAAGUGGUUUUACUGGUUCAGGUUUGUAAAUAACAUGUAGUGCUUUUGCUUCAUGUCUGAGGCAAGGGUUUAACAUUCCUUUUCCAUUGCAUUAUGUUUGGGACACAACCUCCUAGAGUGACAAUUCCAUCAGAAGGUAAAGCAUUCCUGUCAGUGUGGUCCACUGUGUAUGCACUGAGUAGGGCUUGGAUGCUUCUGGUCCUGUUGAGCAUUGUCACCACUGCCCCCGUGCCUGAGGAAACUGUUUGUUAAGCACUGUAUUAUGUUGUAAAUCUGGCAUUACAAUUCCUGUAUGUUUUGGCAUUAUUUCCAUAAUGCUGAAAUGUUGUUUAUCUGUUGAAGACAUUAUCAUUGUGACUGAGCAUGGAACAGAAUACAGGAUACUAUACUAAAUUA